AUGGACAGGCAAAAUGAGAGCUUCGUGGCUACAUUCAUCCUCACAGGGAUUCCCCAUGCACAAGACCUGGGGACCAUGCUAUUUGGGAUCUUCUUAGUGAUUUAUAUACUGACUUUAGUGGGGAACAUCCUCAUUUUACUAGUGAUCAAGAUAGACUCCCACCUCCGCACUCCCAUGUACUAUUUCCUGGCUAAUCUCUCCUUCAUUGACAUGUGGUUCUCCACUGUCACUGUGCCCAAGAUACUUAUGACUCUCAUCUCCCCAGAUGAUGGAACCAUUUCCUUUCACAGUUGUGUCGCCCAGCUCUAUUUCUUUCAUGGUCUGGGGAGCACUGAGUGUUUCCUCUACACUGUCAUGUCCUAUGAUCGCUACCUUGCCAUCACUUAUCCCUUGCGCUAUUCUACCAUGAUGAGUGGAAAAACUUGUGCCCUUUUAGCAGGAGGCACAUGGCUUAGUGGUGCUAUCCACUCAGCAGCCCAGACUACCCUGACUUUUCGAUUGCCCUACUGUGGUCCCAAUCAGAUUGAGCAUUACCUUUGUGAUGCACCACCCAUUCUCAAAUUGGCCUGCGCAGACACUUCAGUCAAUGAGAUGGUGAUCUUUGUCAACAUUGGGGUUGUUGGUUCUGGAUGUUGCUUUUUGAUAUUCCUCUCCUACGUGUCCAUAGUUCGUGCUAUCCUGAAAAUUCGCACAGCAGAAGGUAGACGCAAAGCCUUCCAGACCUGUGCUUCUCAUUGCAUUGUAGUCCUUUGUUUCUUUGGACCUGGACUUAUCAUUUAUCUGAGACCAGGCUCAAAACAUGUUAUGGACAGGAUUAUAGCUAUUUUCCAAACAGUGAUUACACCUCUGAUGAACCCCCUAGUAUACACACUAAGGAACAAGGAAGUAAAAAUGGCUUUGCUUCGGCUGAAAGAUCGAGGGAAUUUUGUAUAG